AAGCUUCCAUGGCCAACCUUGUUUAAGCUUCUCUCCUCCUCCUCCUCCUCCUCCGUGUCUCUCUUUAACUAGUUUGUGGUAAGGAAGAGAGUGAUGGAGUUUGGGUGUUGAACGGUUUGAACGAUCGCAUGGCUGAGAUUUGCUAUGAUAACGAGUCAGUGAUGACGAAAACGACGUCCACGGUGGUUAAGAAGACGGCGGCGACGACGACGACUAAGAGGCGAGAACGGAGCUCUUCUCAAGCCGCGAGAAGGCGGAGAAUGGAGAUCCGACGAUACAAGUUUGUCUCCGGUGAACAAGACGCCGUCUUCGACGACGGCGAGUUGCAGAGGCGGGGGAGACGAGAAUCGACCGUGACUUACGAGAUAGCCAAGACCGAAACGGCGAAGGAGGUUGUCGUUUUGUGCGAGUCUCUGAGUUCUACGGUUAUGGCAUUGCCUGAUCCAGAUGCUUAUCCUAAAUACGGCGUCGCUUCAGUCUGUGGAAGAAGACGGGAGAUGGAAGACGCCGUCGCUGUGCAUCCGUUUUUUUUCCGUCAACAAACGGAAUUUUCAUCCAUCGGAUAUCACUACUGCGGCGUUUACGAUGGCCAUGGCUGUUCCCAUGUAGCGAUGAGAUGUAGAGAAAGGCUACACGAGCUAGUGCGGGAGGAGCUUGAGGCUGAUGAUGCUGACUGGGAAAAGUCAAUGUCGCGUAGCUUCACGCGCAUGGACCUAGAGGCUGUGGCGUUGAACGCUGGUGGUACGGCGAAUUGCCGGUGCGAGCUUCAGAGGCCGGAGUGCGAUGCGGUGGGGUCUACCGCGGUUGUGUCCAUCCUCACACCGGAGAAAAUCGUUGUGGCUAACUGUGGAGAUUCCCGUGCCGUUCUAUGCCGUAACGGGAAAGCUAUUCCUUUGUCCUCCGACCAUAAGCCGGACCGUCCGGACGAGCUAGACCGGAUUCAAGCAGCGGGUGGUCGGGUUAUCUACUGGGAUGGCCCACGUGUCCUUGGAGUACUUGCAAUGUCACGAGCCAUAGGCGAUAAUUACUUGAAGCCGUACGUUAUCAGCAAACCGGAAGUAACCGUAACGGACCGGGUCAAGCAAGACGAGUUCCUUAUACUAGCAAGCGACGGUCUUUGGGACGUCGUCUCAAACGAAACUGCAUGUAACGUCGUUCGAAUGUGUCUGAAAGGAAAAGUCAACAGUCAGCUAACGUCUUCACCGGAAAACGAUGUUACUGGCGCUGGAAACGUGGUCGUCGUCGGAGGGGAUGUGUCGAAUAAAGCGUGUGAUGAAGCGUCGAUUUUGCUGACGAGGCUUGCGUUAGCUAGACAAAGUUCUGACAACGUAAGUGUUGUGGUGGUUGAUCUCCGAAGAGACACGUAGUUGUUUCUUCUCUCUCUCUCUCUCUCUCUUUCGUAAUGUUUGUUUUUUUUUGUCCCGAGUCAUGAUGACUUUUGGGGCUUUCUUUAACUUUUUUUGCUCUUCGGUUUAAGACGAAGAGUUUUUAAUUUUAGCUUGACUUUUGGUAACACUUCGCAAGUGAACAGCGGUUUACAUCUUCAGAAAUUUUCACCCGUAGGUGAAACUGCGGUUAAAAAAACGUGAAGUUUCUUA